CGCAUUUGGGCGCAAGCCCUGGUCCUGAAGAAAUUAACCACCUGAUGGGCACCGGAGAAACCAAGGAGAGACUGUUUUGGUGUCGCUUGUUGACUUGGUGAUUUAUAAUGCUGAACAAAUAAAGGGGCGCUGCAAGUUGGACACAGAGCGUCUGCGUAACAGGCUAUGCCACCGGCCCUUACAUUUUUUGGUUAUGGUAAUGAUGUCAUAAAAUACUGGAGGCCUGUGUCUAAACGGGAAGAUAGGCUGAUCAGUAUCUCCUAUCAUGUAAGUAACCACAUGGACUGCGCUCAACAUGGACCUAAUUGAGGUGUGUUUGUUAUUCUGACUCAUAUUCAGCACUGAUUGGUCGAACCGGUUGAUGCCUCAUUUUCUCGCUCUGCGCGCGCUGAGCAGCAACUUUUAUCCUCUGGCCUGCAUCCACAUCGCCCUGAGGCGGUUACUAUAGCGCUCACGGACCGAACCGCUCAUUGACUUAAAAUGGAGUUUGCCAUGGUGGGUGCGGACGGCGGGUGCAAUAGUCACCUGCCUUACGGAUAUGCCCAAGCUCGCGCACGGGAGAGGGAGCGCGAGAGGGAGCGCCAGGUUGCCCAUACGAGAGCGGCGGCUGCAGCGGCCGCUGCCGAAGGUGGGUCCGGCGCGGAGGGAGGAGGCGGCGGUGGCGGCGGCGGCGGUGGUGGUGGCAGUGGCGGCGGCGGCGGCGGCGUUGGGGGGUCCACCUCCACCUCCUCCUCGAGCGCUCAUCUCCUUAACAACCGCCAGCAUCAGUCUCGCGCCGCCUCCUCCUCGAACGCCAACAUCAGCAGCGGCGGUACCGCCUCGCGCCCCUCCUCCUCCUCCACCUCCGCCUCCUCCUCGCAGCCGCCACAGCACCAGCAGGAGCCCGAGCAGCAGCAGAGGGUUCUCAGAGAGCGGAAAAAGCAGCGCGGCGUCGGACGGUGGAGACGCAGCCGGACGACUCUCGGCGGGGACCUGCGCCACUCGGAGCUGGCGCUGCUCGGAUCCGAGGAGGACAUCAUGAUAGAGGAGGAAGAGGCCGAGGGAGCCGAGGAAGAGGAGGAGGAGGAGGGGGACCGGGGAAGCAAAAGGUCGAGUUUUCUGUGUAACAUGGAUGAUGAGGAGGAGACCGUCUCGAUCACUGACAGGCGCCCUCAGUCCGGAUACGAAAAUGUUUACAGCGAGUGCGGCUGCUGCGAGAGAGUUGUCAUCAACGUGUCGGGUCUGAAGUUUGAAACUCAGCUCAAGACUCUCACUCAGUUCCCGGACACUCUCCUGGGAGACCCCGACAAGCGUAUCAGGUACUUCGACCCGCUGAGGAACGAAUACUUCUUCGACCGGAACCGACCAAGUUUUGACGCCAUUCUUUACUAUUACCAGUCAGGGGGGCGGUUGAAAAGACCAGUCAACGUCCCGUUUGACAUCUUCUCCGAGGAGGUGAAGUUUUAUGAACUCGGGGAGGAGGCGAUACUCAAGUUUCGGGAGGAUGAGGGUUUUGUCAAAGAGGAGGAAAAACCUCUGCCUGAGGACGAGUUCAAGCGCCAAAUUUGGCUGCUUUUUGAGUAUCCGGAGAGCUCCAGUCCUGCCAGGGGGAUAGCAGUCGUGUCAGUCUUGGUUAUAGUCAUUUCUAUUGUCAUUUUCUGCCUGGAGACGCUGCCGGAGUUCAGGGAUGAAAAAGAGUACCUACAGCCACGACACAACUCCAGUCAACCUGACCACGGAUUUACCCCUUUCAACGACCCGUUUUUCAUCGUGGAGACGGUUUGCAUCAUCUGGUUCUCCUUUGAGAUUAUAGUCCGCUUCUUUGCGAGUCCGAGCAAACCGGCUUUCUUUAAAAACAUUAUGAACUCAAUAGACAUUGUAUCCAUUUUGCCUUAUUUCAUAACUCUCGGCACGGACCUGGCGCAGCACCAAGGCAACGGGCAGCAGGCGAUGAGCUUUGCCAUCCUGAGAAUAAUCCGCCUGGUCAGGGUGUUUCGCAUCUUCAAACUGUCCAGGCACUCCAAGGGGCUGCAGAUCCUGGGUCAUACCCUGCGCGCCAGCAUGAGGGAGCUGGCCCUCCUCAUUUUCUUCCUGGUCAUAGGUGUUAUCCUUUUCUCCAGCGCGGUGUACUUCGCCGAGGCGGACGAGCCCACCUCUCAGUUCACGAGCAUCCCGGACGCUUUCUGGUGGGCGGUGGUGACCAUGACCACGGUGGGCUACGGAGACAUGAAGCCCAUCACUGUCGGUGGGAAGAUAGUGGGCUCUCUCUGCGCGAUUGCAGGUGUGUUAACCAUCGCGCUCCCGGUGCCGGUCAUAGUGUCCAACUUCAACUACUUUUACCACAGGGAGACGGAUAACGAAGACCAGACACCGGUGGUGGAGAGCAUGCCACCGGGCUGCCCGUAUUUCCCAGACUUUCUAAGGAAAUUCAAAGGCUCGCCCUCGGGCUCCUCACUGGGUGAUAAAGCGGAGUACAUGGAGAUGGAGGAAGGGGUGACGGAGUCGCUUUGCGGGCUGGACAAGAGCCCCAGUAAAGGAAACGGCACAGACAUAAGCAGAAAAAACAGUACUAACUCAAAAUCCAUUCAGACUGACGUGUGAUUACAAGUAGAGUUUCUUUUUUUUCUUUCUUUUUUUUCUAAAGAAGAAUACUCCCUAUAAAGAUACUGUAUGCCCAACAGCAGGUGGUCACCCUAAAACAAGUUUUACGCACGCGUCAGAGCUCCCAUACACAUGCAUACACACACUCUCACUGGUCACCAUUUGGCAGGUUAAAUGUUUCAUUCUCUCCCAUGGCUGGUUACAAUCUCAGAACAAUAGUUUCUCUCAUAUCCUCUCCACACUGUUGAACCCUUAGGAGCAAUUAUGACCAAUAUUGGCCUAAUGGGUUGAGUAUUUUAUUGAUAACCUGUGUGGGCUUCCAAAUCUGACACAAAAUCGAAAUUCUAGAUAAGACAGGCUAUGCAUUCGCACUUUAUGAGUUUCAUCUGUCAAUAAUAGAAAAAGGGUAGGGAUGAUCGUUUUGCUGUUAUGCAAUAAAGUUAACAUUUGUUUGCACUAAUGUAGAAUUUGCGCGGGUUUGGCAAUUUUUUAUUUCAGAGACAGAAACUGUAGGCCAUGCAAAUGGCAAUAAUUCUUGUCAUCCUCUGACCACUUAGCUGAAGAAUGAGUAACAAAUAGAGAAAACGAAGAAUAUUAAUAACCCCUUUCAUACGCUGCCAGUAAAAAAUUGGACUCCAAGAAAGGAAAAACCUAAGACAGAUAAAAGUCCUAUUUUGUUACUGUUCCAACUCUUAAUAUCAACAAAAAGCUCACUGAUAGGACACAGCAUUUAGCAGUAAUCACAUAAACCAGGGCUAGAAUUACUUGUGUUGACCAACCAUGAAAGCUAAGCACAGGAAUCAUCAGAG